AUGCAUCGUGGCACUCUCAUCCUAUGCUUAGCCUUUUUAAUAGGGGCGGAAUCUUUCUUUAUUCCACCAAGAACCCAGGGUGUUCCAGUUAAUAAUCCUUUAGCGCAGAUUCAACGCCCUGAAAUCCCGUCCCGGUUUGACUUGGGCAGUUAUUUCAUCGCUGCUCCCAAGACUUUCCGUUUCGGCAGCAAUUUAACCAUCUCGGUUAACAUCUAUCGUGCACAAUCUCCAGUGACUGUUGGUUUGACAUUAUUCAGUAAUCGUCGUCCCAAUAUCGCAAGAAAUCCUGGCAAUGUCACUCUUGAGAUCCCAGUACUCAAUAAUACUGAUACUACUCCUGAUGACUAUUACUUGCAAGCUUUUGGAUUUGGAGGAGUUCUUUUCAAUACCACCAAAUCUAUUUUUGCUACUCAAAAUAAGACCUUUGUCUUUUUGCAAACUGACAAGAAAUUGUAUCAGCCAGGCCAAACUGGUUUUAUCUCUGAGGAAUUCCCUCUUACUGAACGAUCAAGCAAUGGAACUUACAGAAUUGAAGUUCGAAAUGAAACUGACCUUGUAACCGUCAAAUUUUUCCAAAUCAACACCGAAGUUUUACCUGAAUUUGAUGUUAAUGUCCACACACCCGAUUUCAUCUUCAAUGACACUACCGAAGUUCCAGUUACAAUUUUUGCCAGAUAUCCUUUGAAUCAAGCUGUCGAUGGAGAAUAUACCGUUGUCUGCUAUCUUGCUCCAAAACGCAGCAACACGUUCAAUAGACAGUCUCCCAUGCACACUUACAUCUCCAAGCAGACUAACAUCACAUUAACUGGCAGAUUGAACAGUAACACUACCUUGAAAAUCAACACUGCUCAACUUUCUCUACUCAAGACUUUACCCAGUUACUUUUUGCCAAGUUUGGUUUUAUAUAUAAACGUUACUGUCACUGAAAGUGAAACUGGUUUAGUCUAUAAUGUCACCAAGAGAAUUCCUCUUCAUACCCAAAAGAUUCAAGCUACUGUCGUUAGCGAACCAGAAUCGUACAAACCAGGAAUGAACUAUCAAAUCAAGGUUUUGUUAACUACUCCAGAUGGCAAACCAAUCCCUAAUACGCAAACGAUCCGAUUAAACGCUAUCGGUGUCUUUAGUUUCAAGAGAACACGCACUGAAUAUAUUUCAGAAAAUAGCCUUUACACCGUUACCUUUACGGUGCCAAAAUACAGCAAAUUCUUCAGCUAUGAAAUCACCACUACUUACAAUAAUGAAACUAUCUUGCUUGCUGCAAAGACACCUAUGAAAUUCGUCAGUCCAAGCAAUAACUAUUUGCAAUUGAGCAUCUUAAACCCUGUCCCUGUCCCCUGCAAUAACCAGACUUUGAUCAGAGUUGAUACUACUCAAUAUUUAUUUAAGAAACAAGUCACCUUGUUGCUCUUCUCUCGUGGCCAAUUAAUCCACACUAAUAACACCAAUAUUACUGGUUUUAGUACUUUGUUUUUCAUUAAUAUUACCCCAGAAAUGAGCCCCAUCACCACUGCUGUUGCUUUCUACGUCCGUACUAAUGGUGAAGUUGUUAAUGACAUCUUGACCUUUAAUGUCCAGCCAACAUUCAAGAACAACGUUACAACUACUCUUAACAGCAAUAUCACCACACCAGGCAGCACCAUCGAAGUUAGAGUCAAGACCACUCCAAAUGCUAAAGUUGGCAUUUUGGGAAUUGAUAUCAGAGCUCUCCGUGCUACUGCUACAAACGAUAUUACUCCAGAAAAUGUCUUUGAUAGAGUACGACCAGAAUUACCAACCCACUACAACUUGAAUGCUGAAACUGAACAAAUGCUCACUCAGCCAUUGCCACUUUAUCGCAAUUUUGACGCCAAUGCUGUCUUUGAUAAAGCUCAAACUUUAGUCUUUACCGAUGGAAAACUUUUCAGAAGCAAGAGCAGUUUAAUGACUACUCAACCCUUGUUUACCACCCAAACUGAAAACACAAAUGAAAUCAAUGAAGAACAGAGACAACUUGAAUUACAAGAAGACGAACAAGAUGCGAUCAAGAAGGUCCUUCCAGAAACUUGGUUGUGGACAGAUACUACUGCCGACUCCAACGGAGAAGCCGUUCUCUUCCCUGAAGUUCCCAACACCGUCAACGAAUGGGCUAUAACUACCAUGUCCAUGUCUAACACUACUGGAUUUGGAAUCGCUCCCAGACCAGCUGAAUUGCUUGCUUUCAAGCAUUUCUUUAUCACCACUGAAUUGCCAGCAUCCAUUAUUCGCGGUGAGAAAUUGACCAUCAGAGCUACCCUCUUCAACUUCUUCCCUAACGAUAUCACAGUUACCACCACUAUCCAUACUUCUCAACACUAUACUUUAGCCGAAGAGACAUUCUUGAAGCAAAGAGUCCAAGUAACUGUCCCAGCUGAACAACAUAUUGAAGUAGAAUAUCAAAUUAUUCCAACCACGACCGGUUACAUCCCCAUCACUUUGAGCGCAACAUCCAACGAUAGAUACAUCGCUGAUACUGUUGAGAAGCAUCUUUUGGUUAAGCCCCAAGGAAAAGAACGACGUCAAGUUCAAAAUUUGGUUGUCGAUCUUGCUAAAGGAUCUUUCGAAAAGACUCUUAACAUCCAAACACCACCUAAUGAUGAACCUACACAGACCACCAUUACCUUCACUGGUGAUAUGAUGCGCUUAAGCGUUGAGAAUAUGGACAACUUACUCGAAACACCUGGACGUUGCGCUGAACAAAACUUAAUCCACAUGAAUGCUCCAGUCCAACUUACCCAUUACCUUAGAGUUACUCGCCAAUCCAACCCUGAAACUGAAACGAAGGCUAGGCGCCUCUUCUUAUUGGCAUACCAACAUCAAAUGAAAUUCCUUCGUCCUGAUGGUUCAUUCAGUCCUUAUGGCAUGAAAGAUAAAUCUGGAUGCUUAUGGCUAACUGCAGUGACAAGCCAGAUCUUUGCUGAAGCCUAUCGUACCCGAUUAUUCCCCAUCGAUACUAGUGUUGUUGUCCGCAAUACAUUCUGGUUAGUCAAGCAACAACAACCAAAUGGAGCUUUUGAAGAAAGCAUAUUUACUCCAUCAUUGCCAAUCAAGAACUUCACACAAAAUCAUAAUAUCACCUUGACGGCUUUAGUUACUAUUUCAUUGGUCCACAACUUACAUUAUGCACCUUUUGCCUAUCUUCCAUUGGUUAAAGCCCGUACCUACUUGGAAGCUCAUUUGAAGGAAAUCAGUGAUCCAUACACUGCUUCUAUCGUCAGCUAUGCUCUUACCAUAUCCAACAGCCAUCUUUCUUCGGAAGCAUCUAGGAAUUUGAAUAAAUUUGCUACCACUGAAAAUAACACUCCUAUCUGGAAGAUCCAACUUACUAAUAAUACCAAUAGACUCUUUACCGAAUUGGAUUCCAUUGAGAAAUCGUUAACCAUCCAAGCUACAUCUUAUGCAUUGUUGACCAAGAUGUUGAUCACUCGUCGUACACAAGAAUUCAUCCCAACUGCUUCGUGGUUGAUCUCGCAGAGAAAUCGCUUGGGUGGAUUUGUCGCUGCUCAUGAUACUUGCCUUGCUCUUAAAGCUUUAUCCAAAUAUGCUAUGCAAACCUACAGAUUAUCACUUGAUGCUCACAUUAUCGUCUUUGAUAAUACCAAUUACAAAGCUCAUCAAUCAUUCAGUAUCAAUAAAUACAACAGGAACCAGACAUUUAGCAUUACGCUACCUCCUCGUACCAAAUCAGUUACUCUUUCUUGCUUCGGAGCUGGCUUUGUUUAUACUCAGAUGUUAACAACUAAUAAUGUAACCAACAACACUACUCCUGAACCAACACCUAACGAACCUUUCGCUAUUGAAGUUAAACAUCAACGAGCUAGAAGGACUUUAAAUACUCGAGUUUGCGUCAGGUUACAGAAUGUACAAAAACCUAACCCUACCGUUAUGGAAUUGGAUAUGCCAUCCGGCUUAGAACUGAACCGCACCGCUCUUGCACAGAUGGUCAGUAAGCUUGAACAAUUGCAAUUUUUCGAAGUAGAAAGGAAGACAUUGCAUUUGUACUUUGAUAAGCUCACAACCCAGCCUACUUGCGUCGAUUUGUCCUUCUUGCCUCAUUUCGAAAUUACAAACCGUCAACCAUCCCAUAUCAAAUUAUAUGAAUUUUCUCGCCCAGAAAUCCAGACGACAACAUUUUAUGUUAACCCGAGCUUGACAACAGCCCUGUAAAAUAUCUCGGUCAAACUGACUACCUCCCAAUAUCGCUAUCUCGGAAAUUUUUAUACCGCUAAAAAUAUUUUGGAUGCUUAUAUUUGUUAGGCAUUAGAAUAAAAUGUUGCUUUUGGUAUAUAAUUGUAAGUUAAUAUUGUUAACGAUUUAGAAAAACAUUGAAGCAAAUAUGCUAUCAGGCUUUUUAUUAUCCUAGGUAGCAUAUUGCUUUAACAAUCUUGCAACCAUCGUUUGCUAAUAUGCUAUAUAUUCCUAAUUUCAAGUCUUCUGUUUGUCUAUGUUUUUACUAAAUAUGUCGAUUUGUGCUAUCAGAUCG